CCCGGAGGGGCCGGGCAGGCCCGCGGCCGCGGCCCAGGCUGGCGGAGAGCGCGGCACCCCCCGGCCCCGGCGGAGGGGAUCGAUGGUGGUCGGCCCCGGAGGCGGCGGAGCCCUAGGCCCGCCGGCGGCAUGGCGUGGGCCGUGCUGUUUGUGGCCGCGUUGGUCUGGGAGGCCCGCGGCCGACCGGACUCCAACGGCAGCGCGGCCCCGGGGCCCGCGAGCGGCGGGGGCUACCUGAGCAUCGGGGACGGCUCGGCCCUGGAGUUCGAGUUCCCCGAGCGGAGCCGGGGGAUCAUGGUGAUCUCCAGCCGGUACCCCCGGGGCAACGGGACGGGCCCCGAGCUCCAGCCCGUCUUGACCGUCAGCUCCCUGGACCCGGAGGUGCUGACCAUCGAGAACGUGAGCGCCGCCUGCUGCGGGGCCGGGGCCGGGGGCCGGGCCCGGGGCAGCUUCGUGGUGAGCAUCCGGUCGGGGCCGGCCGGCCUGGCCCCGCUGCGGCUGCGCCUGCUGGACCGCCGGCGGGCGCUGAUCGAGGAGCGGCGGGACUUCCGCAUCAAGGUGUCGCCCCCGGAGGGCGACGGCGGAGGGGAGGGGGCCGCCCGGGCCGGGGGCCUGGUCCGCUUCUCGGAGAACCCCGUGCUCUACCUGCUGCUGCCCCUCAUCUUCGUCAACAAGUGCGCCUUCGGCUGCAAGGUGGAGCUGGAGGUGCUCCGGGGGCUGGUGAGGCACCCCCACCCCGUCCUGCUGGGCAUCCUGGGCCAGUUCAUGGUCAUGCCCCUGUACGGCUACCUGGUGGCCCGCGCCCUGACCCUGCCCACGGCGCUGGCCCUGGGGCUGGUGGUCACCUGCUCCGCCCCCGGGGGCGGCGGCGGCUACCUCUACAGCCUGCUCCUGGGCGGGGACGUGACCCUGGCCAUCUCCAUGACCCUCGUCUCCACCGUGGCGGCCACGGGCUUCAUGCCGCUGUCCUCGGCCUUCUACGGCCGCCUGCUGGGCGUCCACGAGACCCUCCACGUGCCCUUCGCCAAGAUCCUCGUCACCCUGCUCUUCAUCGCCAUCCCCAUCUCGGCCGGCGUGCUGAUCAAGUGCAAGCUUCCCGGCCUCUCGCGGGGGCUGCUGCUGCUCAUCAAGCCCUUCAGCUUCCUGCUCAUCCUCGGGGGGCUCUUCCUGGCCUACCGCAUGGGGGCCUCCAUCCUGGCCGACGUCAGGCCCCCCGUCGUGGUGGCCGGGGUCACGGUGCCGCUCUUCGGCCUGCUGGCGGGCCACGUCCUGGCCUCCUGCCUGAAGCUGGCGACGCCCCACCGCCGGACGGUCAGCUUCGAGGUGGGCGUGCAGAACAGCCUCCUGGCCCUGGCCGUGCUCCAGCUCUCCUUCCGCCGCCCGCAGGCCGACUUCGCCUCCCAGGCCCCCUUCAUCGUGGCGCUCAGCGGCACCUCGGAGAUGCUGGUCCUGGUGGUCGGCCACUUGGUCUACAGGAGACUGUACCCCUCCCCCUGAGGCCCCGCGCCCCGCCCCGGGACUCCCCUGAGGCCUCCGGGCCGCCCUCCCCGGUCCGUCCGUUCCCCCGCCGUCCCCACCCCUGCCCGGGGCCCCGCCCCCCCGCUGGGUGAAUCACUGGAAACCAAAGGCCUUCUGCCCAACCUGCACUAUGCACUCGGAGAGCCCGGGCUUAUUUUUGUACCGAUGUUUUUAUACUCCUGCCUUGGCUCCGGUUACCCGGGCGCCGCCAGGCGGGCCGGGGAGGUCGCCCGCCUGGCGUUCGGGAUCCAAUAAAGAGGGAGCAGGACACUCUGA